CGGGCUGCGGCUGCGGCUCUGCGCCCCGCCUCCGCGUCCCUCACUCGCGCGCUGCGCCCUCGCCGGAGCGGCCGCGCCCCGGAAUUUGUCAUUGUGAUCCCAGAACAACUUUCAAAUACAGAGAUGUGACCUUAUGUGGCUUUUGUCAUCUCAAAGAAUCCGGGAUUCUUUUCUGGGUUCAAGAGAACCAGUGGCUGACACCUCCAGUCUGCACCCCAAGCCAGACCUCUGAGGAGCUUAGAAGCAGGCAUGUGGGAUGACAUUCACUGAUGCCCGCGUACCUGUGACCUGUCAGGCCAGGGGCUGUUGCUGGAGGUCUUUCUCAACCCAUCCUGGACAGGACAGCCGGCCUCUGUUUCUGCGUGGUGAGCAGCACCAUGCCCCCCGGUGUCGACUGCCCCAUGGAGUUCUGGACCAAGGAGGAGAACCAGAGUGUGAUGGUGGACUUCCUGCUGCCUACGGGCAUCUAUCUCAAUUUCCCAGUGUCCCGCAAUGCCAACCUCAGCACCAUCAAGCAGGUGUUGUGGCACCGGGCGCAGUAUGAGCCGCUCUUCCACAUGCUCAGCGACCCCGAGGCCUAUGUGUUCACCUGUGUCGACCAGACUGCCGAGCAGCAGGAGCUGGAGGAUGAGCAGCGCCGGCUGUGCGACGUUCAGCCCUUCCUGCCGGUGCUGCGCGUGGUGGCUCGGGAGGGCGACCGCGUCAAGAAGCUCAUCAACUCCCAGAUCAGCCUCCUCAUCGGCAAAGGCCUCCACGAGUUCGAUUCCCUGCAUGACCCGGAGGUGAAUGACUUCCGCACCAAGAUGCGCCAGUUCUGCGAGGACGCGGCUGCGCGGCGCCAGCAGCUGGGCUGGGAGGACUGGCUGCAGUACAGCUUUCCCCUGCAGCUCGAACCUUCGGCCAGGAGUGGGGGUCCGGGUGCCCUGCUGGUCCCCAACCGGGCCCUGCUGGUCAACGUCAAGUUCGAGGGCAGCGAGGAGAGCUUCACCUUCCAGGUGUCCACCAAAGAUGUGCCUCUGGCACUGGUGGCCUGCGCCCUACGCAAGAAGGCCACCAUCUUCCGGAAGCUGCUGGUGGAGCAGCCGGAGGACUACGCGCUGCAGGUGAACGGGAGGCACGAGUACCUGUAUGGCAGCCACCCGCUCUGCAGGUUCCAGUACAUCUGCAGCUGCCUGCACAACGGGCUGACCCCCCACCUCACCAUGGUGCACUCCUCCUCCAUCCUGGCCAUGCGGGACGAGCAGGACGACCCAACCCCCCAGGUCCAGAAGCCACGCCCCAAACCGCCCCCUAUCCCCUCGAAGAAGCCCUCCUCCGUGUCCCUGUGGUCUCUGGAGCAGCCAUUCUGCGUGGAGCUCAUCCAGGGCAGCAAGGUGAACGCAGAUGAGCGCAUGAAGCUGGUGGUGCAGGCCGGGCUCUUCCAUGGUCACGAAAUGCUGUGCAAGACGGUGUCCAGCUCGGAGGUCAGCGUCUGCUCCGAGCCCGUGUGGAAGCAGCGGCUGGAGUUUGACAUCAGCAUCUGCGACCUGCCCCGCAUGGCCCGGCUCUGCUUUGCGCUGUACGCCGUGGUGGAGAAGGCCAAGAAAGCACGCUCCACGAAGAAGAAGUCCAAGAAGGCGGACUGCCCGAUUGCCUGGGCCAACAUCAUGCUGUUUGAUUACCGGGAUCAACUGAAGACUGGCGAGCGCUGCCUGUACAUGUGGCCCUCGGCCCCUGAUGAGAAAGGGGAGCUGCUGAACCCCGCAGGGACAGUGCGUGGCAAUCCUAACACAGAGAGUGCCGCCACCUUGGUCAUCUGUCUGCCAGAGGUGGCCUCCCACCCUGUGUACUACCCUGCCCUGGAGAAGAUCCUGGAGCUUGGGCGGCAUGGGGAACAGCGUGGGCACAUCACCGAGGAGGAGCAGUUACAGCUGCGGGAGAUCCUGGAGCGGCGGGGCUCCGGGGAGCUCUAUGAGCACGAAAAGGACCUGGUGUGGAAGAUGCGCCACGAGGUCCAGGAGAACUUCCCGGAGGCCCUGGCCCGCCUGCUGCUGGUUACCAAGUGGCACAAGCACGAGGAUGUGGCCCAGAUGCUCUACCUGCUGUGCUCCUGGCCCGAGCUGCCGGUCCUGAGUGCCCUGGAGCUGCUGGACUUUAGCUUUCCCGACUGUCACGUGGGCUCCUUCGCCAUCAAGUCCCUGCGGAAACUGACGGACGACGAACUCUUCCAGUACCUGCUGCAGCUGGUCCAGGUGCUCAAGUAUGAGUCCUACCUGGACUGUGAGCUGACCAAGUUUUUGCUGGAUCGGGCGCUGGCCAACCGCAAGAUUGGCCACUUUCUCUUCUGGCACCUUCGCUCUGAGAUGCAUGUGCCAUCGGUGGCUCUGCGCUUUGGCCUCAUCAUGGAAGCCUACUGUAGGGGCAGCACGCACCACAUGAAGGUGCUGAUGAAGCAGGGGGAAGCACUGAGCAAGCUGAAGGCCCUGAAUGACUUUGUGAAGGUGAGUUCCCAGAAGACCACCAAGCCCCAGGCCAAGGAGCUGAUGCACCUGUGCAUGCGGCAGGAGACCUAUCUGGAGGCGCUGUCCCACCUGCAGUCCCCGCUGGACCCCAGCACAUUGCUGGAGGAAGUGUGCGUGGAGCAGUGCACAUUCAUGGACUCCAAGAUGAAGCCACUGUGGAUCAUGUACAGCAGCGAGGAGGCAAGCAGCACGGGCAGCGUGGGCAUCAUCUUCAAGAACGGUGACGACCUCCGCCAGGACAUGUUGACCCUGCAGAUGAUCCAGCUCAUGGAUGUGCUGUGGAAGCAGGAAGGCCUGGACCUCAGGAUGACUCCCUAUGGCUGCCUCCCCACCGGGGACCGCACAGGCCUCAUUGAGGUGGUGCUGCACUCAGACACCAUCGCCAACAUCCAGCUGAACAAAAGCAACAUGGCAGCCACAGCUGCCUUCAACAAGGAUGCGCUGCUCAACUGGCUCAAGUCCAAGAACCCUGGGGAUGCUCUGGACCGAGCCAUCGAGGAGUUCACCCUGUCUUGCGCGGGAUACUGUGUGGCCACCUACGUGCUGGGCAUUGGGGAUCGGCACAGCGACAACAUCAUGAUCCGCGAGAGUGGGCAGCUGUUCCACAUUGAUUUUGGCCAUUUCUUGGGAAAUUUCAAGACCAAGUUUGGAAUCAACCGUGAGCGGGUCCCAUUCAUCCUCACUUAUGACUUCGUCCACGUGAUUCAGCAGGGGAAGACGAGUAACAGUGAGAAAUUUGAGCGGUUCCGGGGCUACUGUGAAAGAGCCUAUACUAUCCUGCGGCGCCAUGGUCUCCUCUUCCUCCACCUUUUCGCACUGAUGCGGGCAGCAGGUCUGCCUGAGCUCAGCUGCUCCAAAGAUAUCCAGUACCUCAAGGACUCUCUGGCACUGGGGAAAACGGAGGAAGAGGCACUGAAGCACUUCCGGGUGAAGUUCAACGAGGCCCUCAGGGAGAGCUGGAAGACCAAAGUGAACUGGCUGGCGCACAAUGUGUCCAAAGAUAACAGGCAGUAGGCCGCUUGCAGCCACACUGGUCCCCUCCCACUUGCCCUGAGAGGCAAGCCAUGGGCCUGGGACCAGGCACCCUCAGGCCUCUUAGAUUGGCCUAAGAGCCUAAACUGCACCUCAUGGGAAAGAGCCACACAAUUGCCUUUUGUUUACACUGGUUAUUUAUUUGCCACUGAAAUGUUUAAGGAGCAAAACAGCCAUAAAUGGACACGCACCCUUGCGUGGGCAGGUACACCAAGCCAGGCACCUGGCUCCUGGCUGAUUGUCACCGCAAGUCUUCCAGCUGCAGGGCCGGCCCAGUGGACUCUUCCAGGGUGAGACAUCUUUUCCCUGGGCUUUUGCCUGCCUGCCUGCCUGCCUGCCUGCCUGGGGCGUGGCACCUGUCACCUGUUAUCUCCUUUCCAGAGAGGACCACCCAGGCAGGACCCUUCUGGGUGGCCCACCCGCCACUCCUCUCCUUCACUGACCAAGUCCUGGGCUGCUCUUGAAGCCGGGUACCCUCUAGACUCAGGGACUUUUGCUUGUCACUGCCAAUGUGACUUUAGGUACGAGAAGGCCCUUACCUCUUCCACUUUUGGGUAAGAUGGACAGACCACUUCAUGAACCUGCAGGGCUGGGACCAUACGGCCUGGUCCUCAGGCAUGCUGAGUUCGGGCACGACCGAUUCAUCCUGGUUGCCACCCCAGGGAAAGGGACAGAUGGUGUCCUUGGUGCCAUGGUGUGAGCUGCUUCCCAGGCCGUCUGGAGUGGAGGCACCGACCUGAUGUCAGCCCAGGUGCUCGCUGCCAGGAAGCUGCUGGGCCGCAGGAGUAGCAGGAGCGGAGGCAGCGCCUCUCCUCACAGCACUUGGCUGGAAAUGGCCCAGGGUAGCUUAGGCCUCCGGGGGGCAGGCUAAGCAGUGCCCUCCACCCCCAGUCUUCUCAGGCCGUUACAGCCGCAGGCCCAGGAACCUGUGUUUUUGGAAACCCGUGUGGCUGGGAACACACCUCAGCGGUGGGGCCUGGGCUUCACCCUCAACACUGCAACCUAAAAAGCAAAAAAGGAAGCACCUGUGGCCAUCCCGACCCACUGCUUGCGGCCGAGCCUCAGCGGCCUUCAGGGCUCAGCAGCCCCGGGGCCCAGCUUCAAGGGACAGGUGCCAGCCAUCUCCAUCUGAGGAGCCGUCGGUGCCACCACAGAGCCCCAGCCUGGUCUGCAAGAUGGUGACCGUGCUGUUCCCAGCUCGGGGAAGGAAAGCUGUGUGUACAUGUUUAUGUUGUGUUAUUUAUUGAUACAAGUCUGGGUGCUCCCCAGCAUAGGCCACCCGCGCUGCACGCCCUCCGCGACUCAAGGCUUGGGUGUGCGGUGUGUGUGCCUGGCAAGAAGAAAUAUUUUCUAUUUUUUUAGGUCAUUUCAUGUUUUUGUCCAGGGAAGGCAAGUGCAGUACCACUGAUGUGGGCUAAAUCUGUGUAACCUUGAUGUGAGAAGUGAAGGAAGAUGGAAAGAAAUAAAAGUUUUUA